AUGCCGCCUGCCUCCUCCUCUGUACCCCUCCUCUUACCAUGCCGCCGGCCUCCUCCUCUGCGCGUCUCCUCGUCGGUUGUCGCUCCAAUUCAUGGACCUCCUUGUCGCGGUUGUAGUGGUCGAACAAGACGAAGAGGAGCUGCAGCAUCGGGUCGGUGCAGCGGCCGGCUGCAGGGGCCUCGGUGGAAGAGACCAUCGAUGGCCGUCGACGGCACGGAUGACGACCAGCUGGUCUCAAUAUCCACGGAGGACGUCGUCCGGGCCUCCCGCCUUGUCAACAAUGAGAUCUGCGUCCUCGAGGACCUAACGGUGCUGAAAACAUACCUACCGAUGGAGAGAAGGGCUCAAGAGGGAGCGCUGAGCAUAAUGAUUCCAUAA